UUGCCCAGAAACGCACUCCAGUCACUCCUAAUCACUGUCAACUAUCAACGGCCGUGAUUGAGAGCGUCCCGCGACUACAAACAAUUGUCUCUUCUUUUCAUGAGAAGUUUGGAGUUGUUGUCAAACUUGGACCCUAUAAGUCAACACUGGAUUUACAUUUGAAGAAAAGAUUUUUUAUGUCAGCGUAAAGUGGAAUACUUAUCAAAUCUUCACAAGGAAAUACUAAACGUCACAAGGAAUCGCAAGAAUGUUUCUGUAUGAACUUGUCGCACACGUCAAGAUAUGUUUUGUGACUUUAUAAACAAAAACAUGCAGCUUCUUGUUGCAUUUAGUAAGCAGAACAUGUCUCUCUUGUAAAAACGUUCAGAGGACGACUUGGGAAUUGUGUUUCUCUUCUAUCCCAGUAAAAUUCUGCUGUUUUUUGUUUGUUUUACUCAAAACUGAAUCUAACCUCAGUUUAAACUCGUUUCAUCAUCGGCCCACAAGGGCUUGGUCGACUUCAGUCAUGAACGUGCCAAGGUGCUCUGGAGUUUGCUCUAUGGUGAGACUUCUGGCGCUGCUUAUACAUGUUUUGUCAACGACAGCAAAGAGACACGUUGUAUACUGGAAUUCUACAAACACACGGUUAACAGGAGAUGAUUACUCUGUCCAGGUCAAUCUGAGUGAUUAUCUGGAUAUACUGUGUCCCCACUAUCCUGCCGACCACCCGACGAGCGGCCCUGUGGAGACUCUGGCUCUCUACCUGGUGGCAGAGCACCAGUUCAGGGGCUGCGUGGAGACUAAAGAUGCCAUUAAGAGAUGGGAGUGUAACCAGCCGUACGCUCCCUAUGGCCCUGUCAGAUUCUCUGAAAAGAUCCAGCGCUUCACACCCUUUUCCCUGGGCUUUGAAUUCCUUCCUGGACACCAUUACUACUAUAGCUCACUAUCCACAGACGAUGGACCCCCUCUCCCCUGUAUGAAACUACGAGUCACUGUGUGCUGUCCACCGACAACAGCUGGAUCAUCAAGACAAGAAGCCACAGAGAGACCAUCACAAAGCAGAGCUGUCCAUUCUGUGACAGUCGGACGACUUUCUCUCCUCCUCAUCCCUCUCCUCUUGCAUUAUUUCCUCUAAUAUCUCUUCUUAAAGCAGAAAACCUAAAAACAAAUGCUCUGUUGCAGCAUAUAUUCCUCCAUAACAGUUUGCAUUACAGUAAAUGCUUGUUCUAUGUCUGUGGAUUACACACAAACACACAGAGAGAGACUCUCUCUUUCCCAUACUCUUUUGCUGUCACUUUUGUCACGCUAUUAAUCUCCAUCCCUCAGUUUCCUUUCUGGCAGUCUCUCCGUCCACUCACAGUGGCUCCUUACUGCUGUCUGCUCUGAUAAAAGUUCACUCUGUAACGGAGCGACACUAAUCUACCUUCAAAGAGCUUAUCUUACUGUUCAUUUUCUUUUAAUCCAUCUGUCCUUAAGAGUCAGACAUUCCUUUACAAGCCUUCGCUCCCCCCUCUGUCCUACUGUACAACAAACUGAGCCAAAGACGAAGAGGAGGAUGAAGCUCCCGGUCCUGCUGUUUGUACUACUGAGUGAAAGAUCAGGGACAGAGUGACCAUUCAUACAUGAUCACUAACAUAUCCAAUAAUCAUUAGCUGGAAAAAAAUAUUUUUUGUACUUUUUUUUAAAAAUCUUAUUAAAAAAAAAAAAGGAAAAAAAAGAAUACAUUGAAGCCAAAGCCAGAUCACAGCAUUUAAAAAUGAAUUUGCUGUAUUGACUUUAUGCAGAACUGGCAGAACUGUAGAAUUACCUGGAAUGUCCUGGAUUUUUUGUAUCUUGAAUUUCUUUUGAAUUUAUGUUCGGAAUCAUGUGCGAUUCAUUCUCACACCGGUCUAUGCUGACUGAGUGACACAAGGAAAACACAGGAAACAAAAGAACUACUUCCUGUUCAACUUUUGUGGGGCGUGUAUGGUCAAUCGCCACUCAGUAUGGACUCUUCUGAUUGGUCUGCAUGUUUCUUAACUCUCUGUGAAGUGUGAAAGCAGUUGGAUGAUUCAUUGGGCACUUAUUUAGGUUCAGACAACAUGAUCACUUCUCUUCUUCCUCCCCCUGCUCACAUAAGUAUUUGUGGGUAUGUGAAUUAUAUAUAAUGAAAGUGUUCAUUUUGAACUUGAGGAAAUAUGCAACAAAAAAAAAAAAAAAAGAGAGAGAGAGAGAGAGAAAGGAUCUUUUUUUUUUUUGCAGUUAGUCUGAAAUAAUGCAUUAAUUAUAGUGAAUAUGCGGAGUAUUGUUUCAUUUUUUUGUUUAACCAUUUGUAUCUUUUUUUUUUUUUUUUUUUUUUUUGAGGGGAGGGGGGGGGGAUAUUUUAUUUACUAAACUUUUAAUUUGAACAGUGAAUUAUUAGUAUUAAUUCAGGAUAACAUAUUUAAGGAGAUCAACAAAAAUAGCCCAAAAUAAGUAAAACAGAAAAUGUUUCUAUUUAAAUAUUUUUCAAAUGCAUAUUUUUUGGUUUAUUUGUUACUUUGUAUUUUAAAUAAUUGUUUAGAAUUAAUAUUUUUAAACUUCCAGUUCAGUUCUAGUGAAGCAAAUUUGCCCCCUUAAGUUCCAGAACUUAAUACAUAUACCAGGUGAAAAAAAGUACAUUUCUAUAAUGUACUUAUUUUCGUGCACUAAUUUUGUACUUAAUAUACUAAAAAUUCUUCUUUAGUACUUCUUAAGAUAAUCUUAAGAACAUCUAAGUGUACUCAACUAUACUAUUUUGAGACAACAUGAAAUAUGAACUAAAAUGUGCUUUUAAUAUACUAUC